UGUCUUCCAUAGGAGAAGGAGUCCUUCCUUCCACUGAACCCACGGUGGUUCAGUAGCACGACCCUUUGUGCUAUGGAGGAAGUGUCUCCUUCUCAGCUGUCUGACCUGGUGGACGUCCCAUCUCUUCCAGCGCGCAAGAAGGUGGCCUCCCCAUCAGCAGCCAGGCGUCAUAGGGCCACGGAGAGACGCCCCCCCCCCCCCGCUACCAGUCUCCUGUGAACAACCAGGUUGGAUCCCAGCCAGCCAGGCUGUCACGGAGACUGGAGGACGAUGGCCCCUCCAGCCCGGUUCCUCGGUCCAGGACCACGGAUGGAACACCCCCCCCCCCCGCACCCAAACUUCAGUGACCAACCUGGUUGGAUCCCCUCCAGUCAGGUUGUCCUGUAGUUUGGGUGAUCUGGCGACCCCCUGCCGUUCACCGGUUGCGAAGGUGGCCAGGAUGAAGACCCCUUCACCGGCUGGACCAUCCCAGACCAUUAAAGCUGUCUGUCACUCUCCUCACCCAGUUAAGACCGUCGGGACACCAGUUCCCUCAUUGUCCUGCUGGCCCUGGAUUAUUGAUGACGGACUUGCCACCUCUCAUUCCCCUUCUAAAGAGUACUUUUGCUUGGAUGAGGCGGUGCCCCGUCAGCAACUUUACAGAAGGUCCCUUGAAAUAGGGGAGAAAUUCCUUAGGCUUACUGGCACCUUUGCCCGUAAGUUGAAUGCUGUCUCAGCAAAGGUGGAGUGGCAGCAAAAGCAACAUCUAUCUGAUCAGGCCACUAUUGAGAGGCUCCAAAGAGAGUUGGCUGAACUCCAACAGAGUGUGAAGCUUCCUACAUCUGAAGUUAUAGAUGAAGAAAUGCUCCAGGUGUUGGAGGAGGGAGUGGCAGAGGUGUUGGAGGAGGAGUCCGGCACUGGUCAGCGCCAUGCUGUGAGACAAUGGCCAAAAUCUUUGCUGACAGGUCGUCAACACAAGCUGGUUUUGCCGUGUGAAUCCCCUGGCAAGAAGUUUGUUCUUGUUGUCGGUGAUUCCCAUCUACGUGCUAUCGUAGAUGGCUUUGUUCUGAUGCCAAAGGGCUCACUCUCCUUUGGCCUCAUGUGUACGCCCGGGGCCUGUGCGAUGGAGGUGAGGACGGAGUUGCUACAUGCUGCUGUUCCUCGGACUCCUCACGCAGUCCUGGUCAUUGCACCAAGCAACAACCUGACAUCCAGCAGGACCAUCGACGAGGCAGGGGCAGACUUUGCUAAGCUCCUACUCAGUGCUUGCUCGAGAUGGGCUAACGUGUGUGUCACAGACUUUGCACCCCGUUUGACUGUAGACGUCGAUCAGCAACAAUUGUUGCGUGAAGAGUUCCACCGUGUGGCAGCACGUAUGGGUGUCAGGUUCUUCCCCUUUGCUGAUCAUUUCCCCAUGAACCGCCGUGAGCUCUGGAGCAGAGAUGGUGUUCACCUCAGCGGUAGUGACGGCAUGCCCAUUUUUGCCGGGCAGCUGUGGAGUGCCGCAUACCAAUACCUGCAUCCUCCGACACCAAAGCUACAACCUGCUCCCAGAAUGUUGCCGCCUCGUAGGCAGGUUAUUCCAAAGGUGGUUGUCAGGGGACAGGUCACCGUACAUCGUCCAUCCAACCCCUUUGAUUGGACCGUCGUUGGCAAGGGCAGGAAGAGGACAGCACCUGAGGAACCUGAGCAGUCUUCUGGUGCAGAGAGGGUGGUUCAGCAGCAGGUUGACACAACUCCACUCCUCGAGUGUUCCAUCCAGCCCAACCCUGUUUGGUUCAGCAGUUCAGUGUUGGCUGCGAUGGAUGCUGCUGUUCCAUCCCAUCUUCCUAGCCCUGAUUCUACUGCUGUUCCACGAAGCUCAAAGCGUCCAAAAGUGGAACAUCAUCGGACUUCUGCAUGCCGGAAGGUCCCGACGAGAGCUUUGCCCGUGGUGAAACCUGUGCCACCGCCUGCAACUGCUCAUCUGAAAGUGGAUGCCAGGGGGGAGAUUGCCACCACGUGUGCAGAGUCCCUGCUGAAGGGGUCUGUUGCUGUGUGCACGUGGAAAGGGACAGAUAUUGACAGCAUAGCCAUAGAAGGUGGCAAACUGGCCAGGGACAUAGUUGAAGCUAGGCAGAACGGUGACACUAAAUGGUUGUGCGAGUCCAUUGAAGAGCAGGCUGUGUUUGGCAGACAGUGGCAGUUGGCUAUUCCUCCUCCAGCACCUAGUGAUUUUAAGUCGCUGGAGGGGGACAAUGUGAUGCAUGAGAAGCUGCAAGAGCAUUUGCUGACACAUGUCAGUUGUGGGAGUCUGUAG